AUGCCGCUCUCGCUGGCUGGCCUGGAGGCGCAUCCGGGGCGGUACCUCGGACCCAUGCUCGUCAGCCUCUCCCUAGAGGCGCUCCAGACGGGUAUCAUCAUCAAUCAGUCGCUCACGUUCUGGGAACGAGCAGAGCGCGAACGGAAUGUGGUCCGCCUGCUCGUAUCCCUCGUGACCAUCGUCGCGUUCUUUCAGACGAGCUUGCGUUUCUACGCGGCAUGGCAUGUGUUCGUAGAGGACUUCGGGAACUGGAUUGCUAGUGUGCUCUUCAUAUGGACAGAUAAGAUGCAAUCGACCACAACAGUCAUGAUGGCCGCCCCCGUGCAAAGCUUUCUCAUCUGGCGGUGUUGGACGCUCUUCAACAAGAACCUUGCUGUACUCAUCGUACUAUUGGCAUUGCUCCUGGCGCAGGUCAUCGCGAGCACCAUUGUCACAGUGCAAACAUUCCACGUACAUUUCGGCGUGGUCCCUCAAGCGGAGGUCGAUGCCGGUCCACUACCCAAAGUCCCAGGGUUGCCGAGAAUUUACGACCGCCCAUACGCAGUACUCGACAUUCUAGUCACUGGGAUUCUGCUUGCAUUCCUUGCGCGCUCAAAACAACAUGUCACCUCAUCAAGAUUCCGCAGGAUUCUCAAGCGGCUCACGGUGAUGAUUUGGGAAGCCGCCCUCCCACCCUGCAUAUGCGCUGUCCUGACGGUGCUCACAUAUCUCACUCUGGUCGACAAGAACUACUGGGACCUGACAUUCCAGGCCAUUCUGGGCAAGCUAUACGUGAUCUCACUCUUCGUGACCCUCAACGGCCGUGCCGACCUCCAAGACGGGCCUGUGCCAGGCUUCUCGACAAACCGGAUCUCGAACUUCGGGCCCCCCUGGAGCCUGAACACGCCGAUCCGCGUGGACGUGCGUACCACAGUUUAA